AAUCAUUAUCCUAGUACAAGGAAGAAAGGAUCAGGGGCUGGAAGUAGAAGAUUUUAUAUAACAGCCGUUGCUGCAGAUCAAGAGUAGCCACACCUUUGAUCUAUAAUUUGACAAGUUUGUUCAUAAAUACUUCCUCACCACAUCUCAACAUUUUCUAUAUCUUUCUUCUCUUUAUGCAACUGUCCACUUAGAAAGGAAAAGACCAGACAAACCAUAGAAAGGCAUUUAGCUCCAUCCAAAUGAAAAUAACAAUUGGUUUCCUGAUCCUGUUAAGUGCUGUAGCCUUAACAAGCUUGGCAUCUGAAAUUUCAAAUGCAUCAAGAAACAGAAGCAUACACGUCGUAAAACAUGUAUCUGAAGUUCACGAAAGAAACAGCGAGAGUGAAGGCGGAGACAGAGGAGCUGAUGUAGGGAAGGGGCAGAAAGGAAGGGGACCAAAUGGAGGUUCAAACAAUUUUCACCAUCAACGUCCUUAUAAAAGUUCAGCUCUAACCCUGAAGCAGCCCUCCAUCUUCACAUCAACUACUGCUGCCAUUUUCAGAUCGUCUCUUCUCCUUGUUUUGCUCUUUUUCAUUCAAUGAAAAUUUCACAGCAUCUCAAGUCUUUCCUUCCUUUUGUGAGUUAUCUUAACUUUUUUUCCUUAGUGAUCGCAUGGCUUUAUGUCUGUAAAUUUGAAUUUCUAUAAGUGAACAAUCUUACUUAACAAGUUUUCUAAGAUUAUUGAUGCAUUAUUUGUUAAUUUUUGCUUA